AUGUUGAUCUCCCGAAAGCAGUCGAUUGUUGAAGUCGCAGAGCAGCAUUUCGACAAGAACACCAUUAUUCUCAUAGUGAAUCUUAUGAUUCUCACCGUUCUUAUGGGACUUCUAUACAUGGUUGCCACUUCAGCUAUGGCAGCGGGUGGAAAAGACGAACACUAA